AUGCUUGCAAUAGGAGGUGGAGGUGGAGUUGGUGGCAGGUUUUUUUGGGGUGGUGGGGACAGGAGGCUGAGGCCGCAACUCCACCCGAACCAAGUUUUGAAGUGUCCAAGGUGUGAUUCGCCAAACACCAAGUUCUGUUACUAUAAUAAUUACAACCUUUCUCAGCCCCGCCACUUCUGCAAGAGCUGCCGGAGGUACUGGACUAGAGGCGGCGUUCUCCGCAACGUCCCCGUUGGAGGUGGCUUCCGAAAAAAGAAGCGGUCGCAGCCUAAAACAAACUCAAGUUCAGCCGUUGAUGGUCCCAGUGAAAGGAAAUCGAAUUCCCAUUCGAGUAGUGAGAGUUCCAGCCUCACCGCCGCCACUACGGAGGCCACUCCAGCUUCCGCCGUCACCGGAACCGGCGUCUUCGUCCCCAACACCGAAGUGGGUUCGUCUCCGCCUAGUGGUUUAUCCAAUUCCGCUACGAAUAUAGCGUACAAUUUUCCAGAUACGAGGUUUUUUAACGUAAAUUCUGAGGAAACAAACACAAACCCUAGGUUUGAUCAUCAACCUCCGGUCACUCAACCAACGGACGGCGAGAUCUUCCAGGAGAUGGAGAAUUUCACAACCCUAACGACAUCUUCAGAGGACCCGGCUAUUAUUCUGGGGUUCAGCGUGGGCGACAUUUCGCCGUCUUACGGCCGGCUCCGACGAGCCCCCCAGAUCAAUCCCGCCUCGGAAAUGGUGGCACCGCCCUCAGUUGAUGAUUUCAAGCCUCGGGAAAUGACUGGUGGGUAUUUGAGUCAUCAGAUUGAUUUCACGGGAAUGGAGCAGAACAGAAUGAGCAGCGGUAGCGGUGGACAUACGACGUCGCUGGGUGGCGGAGAUCAAGGGCUCUUUGAUCUAACGGGGUCUAUUGAUCAAGCAUACUGGAGUGAAGCUCAGUGGGCUACUAAUUAUGAUGAUCAAUCUCUUAAUUAUCUUCCUUAA